AUGGACAUCUGGUUGCUAUGUGCACUGUUUGCAUUAUUGGUAUUAUGGGAUGUCAUGUUGAUGCGUAUAUAUUUAUUUGUAUUUAGUAUUACAUGGGGUUCAUUGAUCUGGAGAUAUGGCACGAGCGUGCAGAGCAGGACCAGGACUGACCAUUUGGAAACUCGGGCACUGCCCGAGGGCCCAGGGUCAGUAGGGGGCCCCAUGAGAUGCCCCUGGUACCUUUUUCAUAGGCUUUUUUGAGUUUGGGCAAGGACACAGGGGCCCCAUGAUCCCCUAUUGCCCGGGGGCCCCAUGA